AUGCACCCGAGCAACAAGGACGCAGGAUUUACUGUCCACGUGGACGCCCUCCCAUGGCUGCCCCUUGCGCCGCGCGUCUUCAUCAAGGUGGUCAAACUGGUCCCCGAGACGGGCGAGUACACGAUCAUGGUCCGCGCCGAGCCGGGCGGCCUCCUCCCGCGCCACCGCCACGUCGACAGCGCUGAGAUCUACGUCCUCCGGGGCAGCGGCGCCCAUCCGCAGACGGGGGCCUUUGUCGCCGGCGACUAUGUGUCCGAAAGUACGGGCGCGGUGCACGAUACGCUGCCCUUCGACUGCGAGACCGAGCUCCUGAUGGUCAGUCGCGGGCCCUCGGUGUUCCUGGGGGAUAACGGGGAGGAUUUGUACGUCAUGGACGUGGAGAUGCUGCAGGGGAUGAUGGCGGCGGCGGCGGCGGAUAGGGCUUAG